GUUAUUCUCUUUGGAGAGGCCCAACAUCAAGUUUAUGUUACACCGUCACAGUCUUCUUUCUUCGUCUCCGGCGAACUUUGCUUCUCUCCGACCAAAAAAAAAUCGACCGCCAACAUUCAGCAUGAAAUAAAGAGCUAGAAAUGCUACUUGGAGAAAAUGAUCACUCUCCAGAAGUUGAACUUUAGGAUGACAGCUUUCCCUUAUUCUUUGCUUCGGUUGUUUGCUGUCAAUGGUGAUUAUAUAGUUUUCAGACACACAAGUCAGUCUGAUUGGAGUAGUAAGAAUGUCAAUCGGUCCGUUGGCUUUUUUGGGGGUAACAUAGAGAUUCAGGGUGGAGUCGACCGCACUGUGUUUGCUCAGACUGCUCCAUUUUCUACCAUUGCUGGGACAAUCCUUGUCCAGGCUCAAGACCUUGGUAAAAUGUCUGAAGAGUUAGAAAAUGAUAUUGAUGAAAAUAAACUUGAUGAUGCAUGGACUGUGUAUGAGAGGCACAUGCAAAUGGAAGGGUUUCCUAGAAAAUCAAUUGUUAAUAAACUUCUAGCAGCCAGUGCUGAAAGCUCAGAUCUUGGACAGCUGGACAGGGCUUAUGGCUUGGUUGAACAAGCAUUUGAGAAGAACAAGCAUGACUUGCUUGAGAAGAAUACUCUUAUAUAUCUCUCUUUAGCUUUUGCCAAAUGUGGAUCACCUAUUCCCGCAUCUACUCUUUUAAGGAAGCUUGUGGAAACAGAGAAGUAUCCACCUGUGAGUGCGUGGUCUGCAAUCCUGGCUUAUAUGUCACAGACCUCUACUGGAUCCUACCUUGCUGUUGAAUUGGUCCUUGAAAUAGGUUACUUAUUCCAGGACGGAAGAGUUGAUCCCCGUAAAAAGAGCAACGAAUUUCUGCUUUUCAUGAAGCCUAAUGCUACUUGUUUCAACAUUGCUUUAGCUGGAUGUCUUCUGUUUGGAACCACUAGAAAAGCUGAGCAGCUCCUCGACAUGAUGCCUCGAAUCAACUUGAAAGCUGAUGCUACUUUACUAAUCAUAAUGGCUCAUAUUUAUGAGAAGAAUGGACGAAAGGAGGAGCUCAAGAAGCUUAAGAGAGACAUGGAAGAGGCCCCUAAUGUGUCGGAGAUCCAGUUUCGUCAGUUCUAUAAUUGUUUGCUUUCAUGCUUUCUGAAGUUUGGAGAUCUUGAAUCUACAUCCCACAUGGUUCUAGAAAUGCUUCGCAAGGCAGAGAAAGCUAAAAAUUCUCUUGGUAUAGCUACUUUGCUUCUUGAGGUUUCUAGAAGUGGCGAUACAUUGUGUUCAAAUGUUCUUCCCGAGGAUGCCCAUCAUCGAAAGCCAGAUGAAUCAGAAAGUUUGGUAUCAUAUGAAGAUCUCUGUAGGGACAGAAAGUUUUCAAAACUGCAAACCAUUGCUAAAAACUUACUUGAUGUCUUGGUAAUUAAGUUGCAGAAGCAAAUUGAAUUUAUUACAACUGAAGAUGGUAUUCUCCAGCCUACUGAGAAAUUAUAUGUUAAAUUGGUAAAGGCUUUCUUAGAAGCUGGGAGAACAAAAGAUCUUACAGAAUUUCUAAUUAAGGCAGAGAAAGAAGAUUCUCCAGUUUCAGUUGAUGAUUCUGCCUUGGUUCAUGUGAUAAACUCUUGUAUUUCACUUGGAUGGUUAGAUCAGGCACAUGACCUUCUGGAUGAAAUGCGAUUGGCUGGUGUUAGAACUGGUUCUUCUGUUUAUGCAUCUCUUUUGAAAGCAUACUGUAAAGAGAAUCGAGCGGGGGAAGUUGCAUCACUGCUUAGAGAUGCUCGUAAAGCUGGGAUUCAGAUAGAUGCAAGCUGUUAUGAAGUAUUGAUCCAGUCCAGGGUGAUACAGAAGGACUCUCAAGGGGCCCUUGACCUGUUCAAGGAGAUGAAAGAGGCUAAGAUACCAAGAGCUGGUCAUCAAGAAUUUGAGAAAUUGGUGAAAGGGUCUGCAGAAGGAGGUGAAGCUAGUUUAAUGGUGACGCUUUUGCAUGAAAUCAAGGAAGGGCAAAAAUUAGAUUAUGGAGUUCAUGAUUGGAAUAAUGUAAUUCACUUCUUCUGCAAAAAGAGGUUGAUGCAAGAUGCCGAAAAGGCUUUUAAGAAGAUGAGGAGUUUGGACCAUUCUCCAAAUGCACAAACUUUUCAUUCUCUGGUCACAGGUUAUGCUGCCAUUGGUGGAAAAUAUGUCGAGGUGACGGAACUAUGGGGUGAAAUGAAGUCUCUUGCUUUUUCUAGUGGAAUGAAGUUUGAUCAGGAACUGUUAGAUGCUGUGCUUUAUACAUUUGUUAGAGGUGGUUUUUUUGUUCGAGCAAUUGAAGUCGUAGAGAUGAUGGAGAAAGGUAAUAUGUUUAUUGACAAGUAUAAAUAUCGCACCCUCUUCUUAAAAUACCACAAAACACUCUACAAGGGGAAGGCUCCAAAAUUCCAGUCAGAAUCUCAGAUGAAAAAGAGAGAGGCAGCAUUGAACUUUAAGAGAUGGGCUGGGUUAUGCUGAAGAUUCAUAGUCUAUAGCCUCAAGUAUAUUACCCUUCAAUACUGGAACUUGUUGCUCUGAUAGUUCCUAAAUGAGUUGACAGUGAAAUGAAUGGAUCUCCAUGUUGAUCCAAAUGUUUUCGACCCAUCACUUGAUGCUAGCAGAUCAAGACAUUUCCAUGGAUUUCAUUCUUAUUAAUUUCUGAUCAUUCAGUUCCUUAUCAUCAUAAGUGCCUUGCAAAAUAAGUCAUAUUGAUGAGAUGCAUCAUGCUUUCUCUGUGUGCAUUUAAGGAAACAUAUAAUGGCUGAUUUUUUUGAAGGUCAGUCUCCUUUGCUUAUAAUACUGCGCUGUCCUCAACAUAGUAUCCAUUAUGAGUAAAGUUGUGCCUGAAGAUUAUCCAUUUAUUUGUGCUCUGGAAUGAUUUUGAGAGGUUCAGGGUGAAGCAUUUAUUUUGCUUUACAAUAAGAAAUUCAUCCAUUUAAUGUAUGGAGGCAUUAAUCUUCUAUUGAAUGGCUUAACACCUUAGGUGCCUGCAUUAUUCAACAUCCAAAAGAAGGUUUUAGUUUCUGCUAAAGCGGUGUAUAUAAUUGCACCGUGACAGAUCUGCUACUCAUCACGAUUCCUUUAAGGGAACCUUCAACAUAUACGCAAAAUUGCUGAAAUGAAGUAUUUCGGGGAGAUAAUUUUGCAAGCACUAAUUUUCUUUUUGAUAAAGGUAAAGUUGUAUUCCUCAGCAAUGAGGGUAUGCUGGCAACCGCCAAAAAGAUUUACAUCAUUGACCCAAAAAAACCAACUAAAGAGAGCUGCUACUAAACUUGUAAAGAAGAAAAAAAAAAUUAAAAUCUGUCCAGCAUCCUCUAUACCCUCCUCUUUACACCAUAAAAAGAAAGUCUUCAUACAACGCCAUUUGAUCUUUUGCACUGAUUCUGCAGUAUUUUCUAGACACCUCUUGUUUCUUUCUCUCCAAAUAGUCCAUCAUAUACAGGAGGGUAUCAUGUUCCACCAUUUCUUCUGUCUCUUACUCCCCCCACCCAGAAACUAAGAAGGUCUGCAGUGUACUGACAGAGGAGAAAUCGUUGCAAAAAAUGGAAGAAAGAGCUGCCUUGGCUAAGAUAACUCACUGAAUCAUGAGGAUUUCCUGCAAUAUGUCAAGUAGAUUUCUCACUUGACUUGAGCACUCUUGGCCUUGUUCUUCGGUAAGACAGUUCGAAACAUGAUGGCAUUGAGAAGAUAUUGUGAGACGAAGUGGUUAAACAUCAAGCUGGAAUUUGAUUUCUCCUAAUUGAUGUGAUUUUGCACAGAAGUAGAUAGCAUUACCAGCACUCUAUCUCUGAGGGAUCCUGGGAUUUUAUCAUCUCCAGGAGGUGUCUUGAAGUUGGGAUUUUUCAGUCCUCUAAACAGCUCUAACAGAUAUCUGGUGAUGGAAAUAUCGUCAUUAUGAACGGGGAGGAGGAGAUUCUUUGGUCAUCAAAUGUUUCAACCUCUCAGAGUUUUGAACAUCCUUCUGAUUCAAUUGUCCCUAAAAUGAGAUUAAGUGAAAACACAAGGACAGGG